AUGUCCGUAUGUCCUAAGGUUAAUGGGAAAGACUCUUAUCCCCUUGGCUGGAACGCUCUGGACACGCCCACAGCACGAGGUAUGCGUGAGGGAGCCACCUGGCCACACCGACACCAGACGCAUUCCAUACUUCACAGUGGUAACACCAGUCCUUAUCCAUCUCUCUCAUCACAGCCACUCAUCAGUAUGACUCACGAGGAUAGCCUGAAGGAGGCAUCUGAGGCGGCAGCAAAUGAGGCUGGCACGCCCUUAGAGAAACUACAGAAUCUUCUCCUUACUCGCGGAUACACUGGUAUUCUUCGAUUCGGCAGGAUGUUUCGUAUUGUUGAUGACGAUGAAAGCAGGACCUUGAACUUAGAGGAACUGGGCGAGGCGAUCCAUAAUUUCGGCCUCGAGAUUUCCGAGGACGAGGUGGGCGAGCUCUUCAGUGCCAUGGACGAGGACGGCACUGGCACUGUUAACUACGAGGAGUUCCUUUCAAAGCUCAGGCCGGAGAUGACUGAGGAUCGUGUGGCGGUGGUGGAGGAGGCCUUUGGGGUCCUGGAUGAGUCUGGGGACGGCCUGGUCACCCUCGAGGACGUGAAGGGCAAGUACGACGCCUCAGGUCACCCCAGUGUCCUCGCAGGGAGCGCCACAGAGGACGAAAUUCUGCUCAAGUUCCUCGGCAGGUUUGAGGGCAACACCAAGCAGGAUGGUCAGGUGACCAAAGAAGAGUUCCUAGACUACUAUUCAAGCAUCAGCAAGUCUAUAGAUGAGGACGAGUACUUUAUUGAGGUUAUCAAGAAAUCCUGGAAACUGUAAUUUGAUCCAGGAACACAGUCUGAGGGUCGGUGGUCUACUGCAGGGGAAGAGUUAAGGUAGUACAUGGCUAGAGGUGGAAGAGAUGUCUGUGUUGGCUGCUGGAAGAAUCUGAAGUCUUGUGGUAAGGUCUGAGGGCGUAAUGGUUAUAUGAAUGUCUUUCCUGUUUGAGUAAUGUCGAUUUCAGGAAACACAUUUAGAAAGAUGUAAAGAAAUAUCGUAAGGAAAGUUGUCUUACACGAGGGGAAGAAUGUGAUGAAGAACAAUUGAGGAAUGAUUUAAAACCGUAGGAUAUCAGAGAAUGUGAGCAUAGGAUUUACACAGUCUGAACAAUAUCAUGAGAAAGGAACACCGAAAGUAUCAAAAGCUAAAGAUCUUAAAUUACUGAUGGCUGAGCAAGAAGUCCAACCUACGACAACAGACUGUAAAGACACGAACACUGAAGACAGGACAAGCGCACGUAAACAAAAUCGAGGGACAUAUAAAAGGAUUGUAGAUUACUGGUGACUCUUAGGGGGUAAUAAUUAUGGGAGAGUAAUAAUAAACUAGCAAUAUAAUAAGGGAGAGGAAGGCUAUAAAAGGGUGUAUAAGGGUGUAUAAGGGUGUCAGGUACAGUGUAUGGAUGAUGGUGUGGACUAAUGAAGUUGUAAGGAAUGUAAGUGUUUAUAGGCAACUGGAGACCGAGUAUGGAGAUCCAGGUUUUGAGGGCCAUAAUCUUUCGGAGAUCAAUUAGUAUGAAGAUCGGAGACUGGUCGAGGGCUAUAUGCUGUACUGGAGACCGAGUAUGUAUGUUUGGGAGAAUGAGACUCAAAGGCUACGAGAAACAGAGUAUGGAGACAGUAGACUUCAGGAGAGUUAAUUUGGAGGCAGUAGACUUAACAAAAAAUAGAAUGGAGACAGUAUAGAGACCGUGAACUAUCAAGAAACGAUGAGAUGGUUAUGGUCGAGGUGUCUAUUUAACA